AGCCCCGGCCACGGCACCGUUCAUCCGCACUUGGCCGCGGCUGCUGCUGCUCACCUGCCCACCCAGCCCCACCUCUACACCUACACCGCCCCCGCCGCCCUGGGCUCCACGGGCACUGUCACCCACCUGGUGGCCUCCCAGGGGUCUGCGCGGCACGCCGUGCAGCACACCACCUACCCCGCCAGCAUCGUCCACCAGGUCCCCGUCAGCAUGGGCCCGCGGGUCCUGCCCUCACCCACCAUCCACCCGAGUCAGUACCAGGCUCAGUUUGCUCAUCAGACCUAUAUCAGUGCUUCUCCAGCCUCCACAGUCUACACUGGAUACCCGCUGAGCCCCACCAAGGUCAACCAGUACCCUUACAUCUAAACACUGGAAAUGAGGAGCGAGAGGCGCACCCGUCCCAGGGGGAGCGAGGCAGCCGCUUUUGUCCUGAAGAACAUGACAAAAACUGACAAUGCAAUGGGAGGCUCGCACAUGAAACUUGAAUGAAGGAGACUUUAAGGAAGAAACAAGAAUGAGGAAAGAAGGGGGAGAACCAAGUCUACACUUUUUAUUUAAAAUUUAAAAAAAAAAGAAAAUGGAAAAAAAGAACAGGAAAAAAAAAACACA